CCUUACUCUGCAGCAAUGAUCAUAAACCAAGAAUAAUGCGAGACCGCACGUUGGCUCAUCAUGAACGGCAUACUCAGGUGCUUUGGAGAGCUCUGGACACUUCUGAGGUACUGUGUCCUGAGGCUACUGCUCGAACCUUGGAUCAAGCCACGAACAACACCAGAGGCAAAUACGGCAACCACGUAUGAUGUCUGGUACUCCUGGCAAUAUGCAUAUGAUGCGGUGCACGGAGUCGACGAUUGGGCCAACGUUGAUCGCGAUUCAAGCUAUGACUGGAAAAUUGUUCGGAGUCUGAGAAAGGAUCUUGAAAGAUGUCGACGACUCGGCGACGAUCGUGGUCUCUGCAGUCAGUUGAGAACUCAGAGUUCUCGCAACAUGGGUCGCAUACUUUCGCCCGCUUUGUAUCUCAGAUCUCAGGUACAGACCAAGCGACUCAUCCACGACUACAUUCUGGAAGUGAGGCAUUGCAUUGCCCACAUUGCCAACCAGACGUCAACUGGCAAUGUCAGCACCCUGGUCUCGGCACAGGAGAAGCGACAAGUCCUCAGCGACAUGAGGACCGCUCUUGGUCGGACGAGUCUGGUCUUGCAAGGCGGUGCGAUGAUCAGCAUGUGCCAUUUUGGCGUUGUCAGCGCCUUGUACCAGCAAAAGCUGCUUCCUCAGAUCAUAAUCGGCACGAGCACUGGGGCCCUGGUUGCAGCUCUCAUCGGUGCCACCACCAACGAAAACCUUCCUACCGUCCUCGAUAGCAUGCACAUCAACUUGGACUCUUUUGUUCGGGCCGAAUUACGUCAGUCUAAUGGUCACUUCACUUCUUGGCCGGGCUCAUCGUUUCUGGCAACAGCUAUGAGACGUUACAGAAGAUAUCGCACGACAAAGCACCUGUUCGACAUCAACGUUCUUAGAGACUGUGCUCGAGAUAAUCUCGGCGAUAUCACGUUCGAAGAAGCGUAUGCGAAGACUGGCCGGAUAUUGAAUAUCACAAUAGCCAUGUCAGAAGUGGCGGGGACCCCUCAGCUCCUCAACUACAUCACGGCCCCUCACGUUCUGUUGUGGUCUGCGGUUACAGCAUCCAUUGCGACAUCGAAGGACAUGUAUGCUCCCGUGCACCUUCUUUGCAAGAGCGAUACUGGUGCCAUCAGGACGCAUUUCGCCGCCGACUUCUCCGAGAGAGGAUGCACCAGACAAGGAACCGCACACCCAGAAGCACCGUUGACGCGGAUUGGAGAAUUGUUCAAUGUCAACCACUUCAUCGUUUCGCAGACGAGACCCUAUGUCGCUCCAUUCGUUCAAAUCCAAAAGUUCGCCGACCAUCAUCAGCCACUGGGAAAGCUGGUGCGUGUGUACAUGGACGAACUUCUGCAUUGUCUUGAAGUUCUAAACAGCUUCGGCCUCCUCCCGACUUGGCUACAACGGGUGUUGGUUGACGAGGUCGUGCCGAGCUUCGCGUCCUGGUCAAAGAUCUCCAUCACGCCGGGCCUCAAGCUGUGGGAUCUCUUCAGCAUAUUCGAUAAUCCUAGUGCAGAAAUGCUUCAAGCUUGGAGUGCUCGGGGCGAGAAAUGCACAUGGCCAUAUAUCUGCGAGCUCAAGUGUCGCUGCGACAUCGAGCUGGAGCUGGACGCGGCAUACGCAAAGGUGCGCCGACGCUCGACGAUACCAACGGCACCGGCGUGA